AGCUGAUGGGAGGGUGCUGCGUUCAGACAGGAGACAGGAUCCAUGGCAACAAUCAUGGCAGAGGCAGAGACCCGUCAGCGGCUGCUGCGCACCGUCAAAAAGGAGGUGAAGCAGAUUAUGGAAGAAGCUGUCACCAGGAAAUUUGUCCACGAAGACAGCAGCCAUAUUGUGUCCUUUUGUGCUGCAGUGGAGGCGUGUGUCCUUCAUGGGCUGAAGCGGCGAGCGGCAGGCUUUCUACGUAGCAACAAGAUCGCGGCACUCUUCACCAAGGUGGGGAAAAGCUUUCCCCCAGCCGAGGACCUGUGCAGGAAGGCCCAGGAGCUCGAGCAGAUCAUUGAGACAAAACGAAGUCAAAGCUUGCAAAGUCAAGACAGCAUUCGCAAGAUGCCCCGACUGCCCAGCCUCAGCCCGCCUGUAGUCAAGAACCUGUGGAUACGGACGGCUCUUUUUGAGAAGGUGCUGGACAAGAUUGUCCUCUACCUGGUGGAGAACAGCAGUAAAUACUACGAAAAAGAGGCUGUUCUCAUGGACCCUGUAGAUGGACCCAUCCUCGCAUCUCUGUUGGUUGGACCUUGUGCAUUGGAGUACACAAAGAUGAAGACAGCUGACCACUUCUGGACAGACCCGUCUGCUGACGAGUUGGUACAACGACAUCGUAUCCACGGUGGCCUCUGCAGGCAGGAUUCUCCUACUAAGAGGCCCGCGCUGUGUAUCCAGAAGCGGCACUCCAGCAGCAGCAUGGAUGAGCGCCCCUCCCCCUCACCAUCAGCUCGUGAAUAUGUGGAGUCGCUGCAUCAGAACAACAGGGCGACACUACUGUUUGGCAAGAACAACGUGCUCGUACAACCGAGGGACGAUAUGGAGGCUAUUCCAGGUUACCUUUCUCUGCACCAGACUGCUGAACUCAUGACACUAAAGUGGACGCCCAAUCAGCUCAUGAACGGCUCUGUGGGAGACUUGGAGUAUGAACGCAGCGUUUACUGGGACUAUGCCAUGACAAUCCCUCUAGAGGAGAUAGUUUAUUUGCAUUGUCAUCAGCAAGUGGACAGUGGGGGGACGGUAGUGCUGGUCAGUCAAGAUGGGAUCCAAAGACCUCCACUUCGCUUCCCUAAAGGAGGUCAUUUGCUCCAGUUCCUCUCCUGCCUUGAGAAUGGCCUCCUUCCCCACGGCCAGCUUGAUCCUCCACUCUGGUCGCAGAGGGGAAAGGGAAAGGUGUUUCCUAAGCUACGAAAGAGGGUUCCUCAGGGAUCUGGAUCCUCAGACUCGGUCUCCGAUAAGGAGGAGGACGAGGCCACGGACUAUGUCUUCCGAAUCCUCUUUCCAAACAGUCAGUCAGAGUUUGUGACUGUAACUCAUCCUCCCCAUCUGACUUCAUCCCUGUCCUUCCAACCGAUUGGAAAGUGCCCUACCAAAACGGAGACCCUGGUCGUACCCAGGGAGUCCUGCAGCUGUCCUGAAGAAUCCCCCUCACUCACAGGAAGCAGCUUGACUCCUCCAGAUCUGAUGGAUCCGGGAGCUAAGAUGUGGCAUCCCACUCUCAGGAAGUCCUCGUGUUCCUCCUGCUCUCAGGGGAGCUUCUCUGAAGCGGCGACACCCAAGGGGUGCAACCAUGAGAGGACUCCUCUGAAGCUGCUAUGUGACAACAUGAAGUAUCAGAUCAUCUCCAGGGCAUUUUAUGGCUGGCUGGCAUACUGCCGUCACCUUUCUACAGUGCGUACGCACCUCUCAGCUCUCGUAAAUCACACCAUUGUGGCGCCCGACGUGCCCUGUGCUGCCUCCGGAGGCCUCACCACAGACGUGUGGCAGACUUUCCUCAAAGACUGCACAGCCUACAAGGAGCAGGAGCUGCUGCGCCUGGUGUACUUCGGUGGUGUGGACCCAUCACUGAGGAAAGAGGUGUGGCCUUUCCUGCUGGGUCAUUACCAGUUUGGCAUGUCAGAGGCUGAGAGGAAGGAGGUGGAUGAUCAGGUCAGAGUGUGCUACCAGCAGACCAUGGGGGAGUGGCUCAGCUGUGAGGAGAUUGUCCGCCUGCGAGAGAAGGAGCAGCACGCUGCGGCUUUGGCAAAGUGCUCCUCAGGUGCAAGCAUGGACAGUCACAGUCAGAAGAUGAAGCAUCACGAUUCAACUGUGAGCAAUGAGUCCUCCCAGAGCUCAGACAGGCAGAGUUUGGCUCGCCUGCAGAGUGAUUCCAGCAGCAGCACACAGUUCUUUACAUCCUCCCAACCCUUCCCCUGGAGUAGCCUGCUUCCCUUUGGCUUGUUCUUUCAGGUGUUUGAGUCUGUAGAGGAGGUGGACCAGAUUGAGAUGGAGCCCAAGAAUGGAGAAACCAAACAGGUGCCUAAGCUGCCCAAUGGAGCUCUGCAGAACGGGACAAGCUCUCCUGACUCUGGACAUCCUUCCUCUCGCAACUUCUCCAUCACCUCUGGCCUGUCGGACGGCUCCUUCAGCACAGAGGACAGCGCUGCACAAGAUACAACCCCGAGACCUGCAGCUGUCCCUCAGGCGUCACAGAGCUCUGUCAAGCCUGCAGCAGGAGAGAGCGAAGAUCAGUCAUUGGAAAAGGACGGCCAGGUGGAAGGUGAAGUAAAGGACAAAAGGGUGGAGAAAGAGAAAGCCUCCGAUGUGACCAAAACUUCAAAACAUGCUGCAGAAACAGGUGAUAAAAUAGACACGAAAAAGACGAGUUUAAAGCCUGAAAUGAAAGAUAAUAUCGAGGAGUCACAAGCUGUUAAAGCAGCGGGGACAAAGCUUGAAGAUAAAAGCCUCGAUAGGAACAUUAAAGGUAACCAAUCUUUAGAGACACUAGAAGCGGCAAAAGCAUUGAAACCCGAAGAAGCGAAUGUGGAAAAGAUGGAGGAAGUGGACGAAUCAAAAGAGGUUUUAGUGACAGGAGGGAAAGAGAAAAUAUUCAAAGGUCCCGGAGCUCCUGAAAUGGAAAAUCUCACUCUCUCAGCAGACACCAGAGUGGUGAAAUCAAGAGAAGCCUACAGUGCCACUCAGAAAGAUGAGCCUCACAUCAUGACUGAGUCAGAUGAGUCUCCCUCAGCCAUAGAAAUGGAGGAGAUCCCCAAAGCCAAAGUUUCCAUGGUGCCUUGGAGCAGGAAAGGACAUUGUGAAACCUCGUCUUCCUCUGAGAACUCGCCCCCUCACGUAGAGCUCAGGCAGAAGGAGGAACAAAGAAAGCUCAGUCCAGAGGGCACAGAGUCCAACCUGUCGGAGCCGGAGAUGGAGAGCCUUUACCCUCCCUUUGACUCUCUGGCUGCAUCUGAAAACACAAAGAACCAAGUGACCUCUCAAGUGUCAACUGGGAGUCCUUUCUCUCAAGAACUUUUGGACCUGUAUACACUGAAUCUGCACCGCAUUGAAAAGGACGUCCAGCGCUGUGAUAGAAACUACUGGUACUUUACUCCUGCCAACCUGGAGAAACUACGCAACAUCAUGUGCAGCUAUAUCUGGAGGCACCUUGACAUCGGUUACGUGCAGGGAAUGUGCGACCUGCUGGCUCCACUUCUAGUCAUUCUGGAUGAUGAGGCCAUGGCUUUCAGCUGUUUCACUGAACUCAUGAAGAGAAUGAAUCAAAACUUUCCACACGGAGGAGCUAUGGACACUCACUUUGCAAACAUGCGCUCAUUAAUCCAGAUCCUGGAUUCUGAGCUGUUUGAGCUAAUGCACCAGAAUGGAGACUACACCCACUUCUAUUUCUGCUACCGCUGGUUUCUCCUAGACUUCAAGCGAGAGCUGGUCUAUGAUGACGUGUUUGCAGUCUGGGAAACCAUCUGGGCAGCAAAGCAUGUCUCUUCCAGUCACUUUGUCCUCUUCAUUGCACUGGCGCUGGUGGAGGUGUACAGGGACAUCAUCCUGGAGAAUAACAUGGAUUUCACUGACAUCAUUAAGUUCUUCAACGAAAUGGCAGAGCGUCACAACAUCAAGCAGAUUUUGACCCUGGCCAGAGAUCUUGUGUGCAAGGUGCAGAUGCUGAUAGAGAACAAGUGAUUGUGCUGUUUGUCUUCUUUUCCUUCCGAGCAAAGUGUGACCGGCUGUAGCAGCACAAGAGAAGAACGCACGCUCUCACACAUACAUGAAGCCUUUACAAUCAUUUUGCUGCUAUGAGCCUUACUGACUAUAUCCUCUAUGUUAUUCGAUGUUGUUUGUGUUGUCGGCAGGUGUGUGAGAAUAUUACGCUUAACAUUUGUCAGUACGUUGAAGUGAAAACAAAUGUAAAGCUGUUUAAUUUCCAAAUAUUUCUCUCUUUUUUUCUCAGAAAUCCCUCAAGUGUCAACUUUAGUCCGAGUGCACUUAAUAUUUUCAGAUAAAGAUGGUUUUAGCUGCACAUUUCAAACCAAAAAGCAGAACUGAAUUCAACCAGAGACUAUAUUUAUGGGAAAAAUACAUUGUGAUAAUAGUUUAUAUUGAUUAUUUUUCGUCUACAAGAUAGAGCUAUUAAAGAAAUACAGUUAUCCUCUUAUUCUAACGAAGGAAAGAAUGUCUGCAGACUUUUAAUAUGCUUUACACCCUAAAGCAAAAGUAGUUUUUACAGACUGAUUCAGGACACUGGCUUGGAGCCCAAAGUGUAACCCAGUCCAGUUACGUUUCACACACAGUGUUCAGGAUAAUUCAGCUUUUAGCACCACGUUAUUGGUUUAGCCAACGGUGUUUCCAGUGUUUUUGAACUGCCUCGUCUGCCAAAUAGUAUGUCUUUAUUUGUUAUGUGUGUUAACCGUGGUGUACCGGGAGAAGAAAAUGUGUUUGAAUUAUUGGAAAUAAAUUCUCUUGUAAAAUCAUAAUCUGACAUUUAUGUUACCGAUUGAUGUCUUAGCAGAGAUUCGUGUAAAGAAACAAGCUUGGUUUGAUUAACUUCUUCUUUUUUUUUUUCAUUAUCCAGUGAACCAAGUGUGAACUUUGUAAAUUGUGAUUACUCAUCUUGAUUUUUUUUUCCUUGCGUUGUCCUGUAUCGUCCGGUGCCUAUUUUAAAUGUUAAUUUUAGCUGAAAAGCGGAGAUCAUAUGAUUAUUCAGUGUGAGGAUGGUUUAAGCAGAGAGCUAAGAAUGAAAGUUACAGUAUGGCAGAUUUUUAAAAGUGCAUUUUUUAGUUUUUUGGCAGAUUUGACAGACUUAUACUCGUCAUUUAAAGCCUAAAACUUCAAGUGUUGUUUCAAGGGUGUGGUAGGAUGAGCUGCAUUUAAUCUUGGUGUUUCUUUGUGAAUGCUAAAUGCUGUCAGAAAGCCUGUUUUAAUUUAUUGUAACAUUUAUGCCAAAGUAUUUAUUUAUUUAUUUAUUCAUUCAUCCAUUUCUUUCUUUCGGAUGCUGCUUUGUUUGUAAAUCGAAUAUUUUUAUUUUGUGGCCAGUUCUAAAUGUGUAUUGUAAAACAAUCAAAUUCUAUACUUAGGUCAUAUAUACAAUAUAUUAAAUGGUAUAUGUUCUAAUAAUAAAAAAAUAAAAUGGAAUCAUUAUUUUUCCAUAAUUGUAAUGUGCAUUUUACUAAAUAUAAUCAAAGUGAGGGGGGCUGAUGAGGCAGAACACACAAACAGGGCUCUGUUCAUUAGUAAGAAAACAAAAACCAAGAUUCAGGAAGUCAUGUGAAAAAGAAAUUACCCUUUAAAUAGGUUUUAUGUAUCAGGACUUAAUAAAAUAAAUCACCCGCUCCCUAGCAGGGUCUAAUUUAUUUUCUUACUAAGCCAAAAUGCAGCAGCAGCAGUGUGGAAAAACUAAAUACACCCCGUCAUUCAACAGGUUUUGAACCAGCUUUAGCAGCAAAAACAUGAAGUAAUCGAGGCAUUUUGGCUCACUUGUUUCUUUACAACAUUGCUUCAGCUAUGAGGUUUGGAGGCAUUCGUUUCAUUUAUAUACAUCUCCAGUUGGUUUGAGGUGGCUGUGUUGAUAUGCUGUGUUUUUGGUUUUCAUCAAACAUGGUGCUGUGCAUUAUGGCCAGGCAUGAAAGCAGAUAUGUCCAAAGGAAAUUGUUCCAGAAGACUUCUGGAGGUUUCUUCAACUCCUCCAAACAAGUGAUAGAUGUUGAAUCCUUUUGUUACAUUGCACAGUUGCAUUGAAUUUGCUGGGACGAUGACUCUUGGUGAAGACAACAACUUUCUCACUAUAGAAUGACUGACUUCAAACUGUGUUCAAAGUGCUUUAUAACCCUUCCCAGACUGAUUUAACUGAUUUCCCAGAUCAACAUUUGCUGCUUGGUAUUAUGUUAACACACUUAAAUGCUCCAAACUGCCAAAGCUUCUUCUUUUACAGAGGUGCUCACGCUUUCCGAUUUGCAUUUGAUUGGCUAAUAGUGAAUCAAUGUGUAAUAUGUCAUCUUGUGACCUAGAUAACUUUAGAACUUAUUAAGGAUUCAAUUAAGUUUUCAUUACUCCCUGAUACUAAAACCCUU